AUGCCUGUUCCGCGUACUCGGCAACGAGUACUCAACAAUGAGAACGACGAGAACUCAGUCGCGACGUCGACACGCCUGACACGUGCCAAAGCCGCUGGCCUCUCGAACGCAGAUGACACUACUUCACUGGCGAAGAAGGCCCUACAGACUAAGAAGUCCACUGUUGGCACGAUGAACGGGACGACGAGACGUCGCGCGUUGGGCGACGUAACCAAUGCCGCAAAGGGUGCCGACGCGGUACAAGAUGGGAAGAAAGCAAUAGCAACCAAGGCUGGGCUGCAGUCGAAAGCCGCUCAAUCUACCGCCGGCGGCGUUCAGAAGCUCUCAAGAACCAACUCGUCAAGGGCUGCUCUGGGCGUCAAAGACAACAAUGUCAAAUCCAAAGCCUCCUCUGCAGAAGUCAAGAAGCCCGGCAGCGGCUCCGGUGUGCUUGGAAAUACCAAGAGACGGACACAAACCUCAACCUCUACAAUCCCCUCGUCGAAGGACGCAACUCCCGACGUCGAAGAACGUCCACGGAAGAAGUCUAUCACGCAGGAAGUGGUCGAAGAGGCUCACGCCCAGGCACAUGUCGAAGUGGAAGUGGUGGACGAUGUCCAUGACAUCGUGGCUGAUUUGGAUGCCGAGGACCUGGAAGACCCUUCCAUGUGCGCCGAGUACGUCCGCGAGAUCUUCGAGUACUACUACGCCCUGGAGGAUGCCACCCAACCGAACCCCAACUACAUGGAUCACCAAGACGACCUCGAGUGGAAGAUGAGAGGCAUCCUUGUCGACUGGUUGAUCGAAGUCCACACCCGAUUUAGGCUUCUGCCCGAGACCUUGUUCCUGGCCGUCAACAUCGUAGACCGCUUCCUUUCGCAGAAGGUUGUCCCCCUCGACAAGCUUCAGCUCGUCGGUAUCACUGCGAUGUUCAUCGCCUCCAAGUAUGAAGAAGUCUUGUCACCACACGUCGGCAAUUUCGUCCAUGUCGCCGAUGACGGAUUCACCAUUGAAGAGGUCCUCAGUGCUGAGCGGUACACCUUGUCCACUCUCAAAUACGACCUGAGCUAUCCCAACCCAAUGAACUUCUUGAGGAGAAUAUCAAAGGCCGACAACUACGACAUUCAGACUCGUACUCUCGGGAAAUACUUGAUGGAAAUCAGUCUUGUGGACCACCGCUUCCUGGAAUACAAGCAGAGCCACAUCGCCGCCGCUGCUAUGUACCUCGCCCGCAUGAUCUUCGAGCGUGGUGGUUGGGACGCCACACUGGCCAAGUUCGCUGCCUAUACUGAGGACGAGAUCCUGCCAGUCUUCAAUCUAUUAAUCAGCUACCUUGAGGCGCCCGUUGCCCACGAGGCUUUGUUCAAGAAAUACGCAUCUAAAAAGUUCCUGAAAGCAUCAAUCUUGGCCAGAAAGUGGGCUAAGGACUAUGGAGCGAGCCGAAGAAAUGCUGGCGAGGUUGCACAAUAG